GAAGAAGAAAGGCGGGACCCGAUUGGCUGACUGUAGAGCAUGGCGUUUGAAUGAGACCAGGAAGAAGAGGAAGCUAGGAGGUUAUAGCUUCGUAGGCAGCGACGUGCAAUCAGGGUUCACAGAUGCCAAUAAACAUGAGCUGACCUGCCCAAAAUACGUCGAUGAUAUGACAGAGAGGUAGAAUGCAAGCUGUCUAAAGAGGCAGGUCUCAGUUUGAUGUUCAGGCCCCUUAAGCUGAAAGGAUGCAGCAGAAAAGAAAUAUCCAGAUCAUCGAGUGGGAGGACCUGGACAAAAGGAAAUUCUACUCCUUUGGGCUGUUCAUGACGAUGACCAUUCGGGCCACCGUCUACCCGGCCACCCUGAUCCGCACCCGGCUGCAGGUGCAAAGAGGGAAAUCCCUCUACAGCGGCACGUUCGACGCCUUCUUCAAGAUCCUUCGGGCGGAGGGCGUGCGGGGCCUGUAUCGAGGCUUCAUGGUCAACACCUUCACGCUCAUCUCAGGACAGGCGUACAUAACCACCUAUGAGCUGGUGCGGAAGUACGUCUCCCAAUAUUCUGAUGACAACACCGUCAAGUCGCUGGUGGCGGGGGGCUCGGCCUCUCUGGUUGCUCAGAGCAUCACCGUGCCGAUAGAUGUGGUGUCCCAGCAGCUCAUGAUGCAGGGUCAGGGGCAACACCUCACCCGCUUUCGGCUGACUUCCAACUCAGAGACUGGAAAGCCGAAGAAGGUCUUUGGCCAAACAAGGAACAUUAUGGCUCAGAUCUUUGCUACUGAUGGCCUGCCUGGCUUCUACAGGGGAUACGUGGCCUCACUACUCACUUACAUCCCAAACAGCGCCGUCUGGUGGCCUUUCUAUCACUUCUACGCUGAGCAGCUCUCUAAACUGGCCCCCAGUGACUGCCCUCAUCUGCUCCUUCAAGCCAUGGCGGGACCUUUAGCCGCAGCUACCGCUUCAACCGUCACCAACCCCAUGGAUGUGGUCCGAGCGAGAGUGCAGGUUGAAGGCAGGACCUCCGUCGUCGAGACGUUCAAGCAGUUGAUCCAAGAGGAGGGCUGCUGGGGUUUGACCAAAGGACUGUCCGCACGCAUCAUUUCCUCCACGCCCACCGCCAUCGUCAUGGUCGUCGGCUACGAGACGCUGAAGAAGCUGAGUUUGCGGCCCGAGCUGGUUGAUUCGAGGCACUGGUAACAGACCGGUCCGCCGAGGAAUCGUGUGCCAUUUUCCAGGUGGGACUUUAAAGGGCCGAUGGAUGGUUCGGUUCUACAGCGAAACCGUGCGGGAACAGAACCAAACGAAAUGGGUUUUUGUUUUUUGUUCAACAGUUUUCUCCUCAGUUGAAUCAUUUGCUGGUUUAUGUGAAGCUGCUCAGCAGCGCGUGGUGCAAAAACAAAAACGCAACUAAGUGAAAUAUUUCACUGAAGUGACACCGAAAAUAUGAAAGCAAAAAUCCUCAUUCAUUUUUGUUUAUUUGAGCGUUUUUGCACUGCAGACAAGGGGACAUGUGUAACUUGUUUGUGUGACUCGUGCGGUUACCGUAGUAACCUGCCUUUUCUGAUCUUUAGCCAAAACCGAGGCUAUGUCCGAAUUCCCUCACUACUCCUAAAAUCUAUACGGUGUGGGACAAUCUAGUGCCCUGGAUUUUAAAAGCCAUUCAGACCCCAUACUCACUACUAACGACGUCACCGAUUCCCAAAGUAAAAAUCUAAUAAAUACGAAGAUUACAAAGACUAUUUAUGAGAAUCCUCUGUUUUCUGAUGAUGAAAACCUGGAUUAAAAAAAACAAAAAAAACGAUUAAAUACUUUGUUUUCCCACAUGAAAAGCGCAAUGCAUUGUGGUCUAUGAUUGCCAAUUUAGAGAGCAUUGAUGCAAACUGUUUUUUCGCAGAGACUUCUGGGAAAUUUCUAGGGCACUGUAUUUUGGAAUUGCAGAUACAGACAUCCCAAAAACACAGCGGAUGCCCUAAAUAGUGCACUAAAGUAGUGAAGAAUUCGGCUACAACCCCAGAGAUGUUUGGGGUGAGUCAAGAUCAGCAGUAAAUAUUCACUUAUGUGAAAGAAUAUUCACCAAGCCCAUGCUUUUUAUGAGCCGUGUUUGAGGCUGCAAGAGUGAAAAACGGAGCUGGAAAAACAGGACUUUUGGAUUUUGUUCUGAUUAAAAAGCGAAGCUUAACAGUGAGAGAUUUAACUGUUUCUGGUUCUUUACUUGUCGUCUCAUCAUUGAUGCAGGAAAAUUCCAAGUAUUCGGAUCUGUUUGCAUUUGCUUUUUGUUUGGAAAUGCUAAGUGCACACUAGAGGGCAGUAAGCCCCCCCCCCCCUGUACAGUUCUUAUUAAAGUGCAAUAAUGAGGUUUUUGUCGUUUUCCACACAAAAUGUGACUCUCGUUAUGCGUGACGUGUCUCAAAAGGAACUCCCUUUGUGUAAUUUAUUUGUUUUUGGUCUGCGAUUGUGAUUCUUUUGACGAACCACAGAAGUGUUUAAAGAUCAGUGUCAUUUUAAUGCUUUUCCCCUCAUUUUAAAGCAACACAAAAAUUGUUUGUUUUUUACAGUCUGUGAUCAAUUUUAGCCCAAAAGACAUUCAUAGAAGUGAAUCUAUUUUUACAGAGGAACUUGGAUGCCACUUCUUGCAUUGCAGUUUGUUGUGGACCACAACCAUCAGAGGCAGAAUUGGUUUCUUUUCAUUUCUGUUAGUGUCUCUUUGGACAUUUUGGUCAAUAAAGAAAAACAAAAAAAAA